ACUAACUUUUAACACCACUAUUUCUUCUUACUCUUUGAAUCAUCUAUCCCCCGCAUCCUCCUAUCAGUCCCCACCCCUACCCCCACGCUCCCUCUCUCUUUUCAUCUGCAUAUGUAAAGGUCUGUGUCUGCCUCACUCCAUAAUGCUUGACUAAGCUCCUCUUAAGUUUCAAAUGCUCAGUGGUUGAACCAGUAACAAAUCAUGAAACAGUAAAGAUGGAAGCAGCUGCUCUGUUAGAAGUUUUUGAAGCAGUAGGCUUUUGAGAUCUCAGGAGAGGACUACCUCUGUUAGCUUCACAAUGCCAGUUCCGCUUGCUCCAUAUCCUACACCACCAACACCAUUUACACCACCUGCUAACGGUACGCAGAGCCAGCUUGUGUGCUCUGGAUGCAGAAAUCUUUUACUCUAUCCAGUUGGAGCAACAUCUGUUUGCUGUGCAGUUUGCAAUGCAGUAACAGCAGUACCACCUCCGGGCACUGAGAUGGCUCAGUUGGUUUGCGGAGGCUGCCACACAUUACUAAUGUACAUUCGUGGAGCAACAAGCGUGCAAUGUUCGUGCUGUCACACAAUGGAUAGGAAGAAACCACCUACUAUUUAUUUUUUUGUUUAUGCUGGGACACCAAAGUAA